GAGACACGGGGAGACACACGGGGAGAGAGACACGGGGAGAGAGAGACACGGGGAGAGAGAGACACGGAGAGAGAGAGACACGGGGAGAGAGAGACACGGGGAGAGAGACACACGGGGAGAGAGACACACGGGGAGAGAGAGACACGGGGAAACAGGGUAGCGAAUACACGGGGAGCAGAGACACUGGGACACAGGGAGACACGGGGACACAGGGAGCCACGGGGACAGAGAGAGACGGAGACCUGAGGCCACGCGUCGCCCCUGCCAAGGAUGCUGGAGUCCCUGUCGGGCCUGCCCCUGCCCCUUGACCCGAUGACCUUGACCCUGUCCCUGCCGCUGCUACUCUUUGCGUACUACUGGCUCUUCCAGCCGUCGGCAUUCCUCUACCUGCACGACUGGUACUGGCGAACCCAGCUGGGCUUCCAGAUACGCGAGUGCCACUGUGGGGCCUUCACGUUUUGCUACUCGGAGCUGGGCCGGCGUGCCGGCGGCGGCGAUGGUGGUGGUGGUGCCACCGGAACACGGCCCAGCCUCCUUUUCCUGCACGCGUUCUCCGCCAACAAGGACAUGUGGCUGCCCCUGCUGCGGUUCCUGCCACGUGACCGCCACGUGGUGUGUGUGGACAUGCCGGGUCACGAAGGGACGACGCGCGCACAUGGUGACGACUACUCCCUGCAGGGGCAAGUCAUCCGCAUCAAGCAGUUUGUGGCUGCGGUGGGGCUGGACGCGGCUCCGUUCCAUCUCCUGGGCACGUCCAUGGGUGGCGGCGUCGCUGGUGUCUACGCAGCCACCCACCCCGGGGAUGUCCACACACUCACUCUCAUUUGUCCCGCCGGUCUGGAUGCGCCGACGGAGAGCCGCUUCGUGGGGGAGCUGCGGGCAGCCGAGGCCGCGGGCGAUUUCACCGGCGUCUCCCUGAUCCCGCGCUCGCCUGCGCAGGUGGCACGCAUGCUGCAGCUGGUGACGUACAGCUUCAAGCUGCCGCAGCAGAUCCUGCAGGCCAUGGUGGAUGUGCGGCGUGACCACAACGAUUUCUACCUCCAGCUGCUCACGGCGAUAACAGCCGAGCGGUCGCGAUUCCGUCUCCACGAGACGAUGCACCUCAUAACGGCCCCGACCCUCGUCGUCUGGGGCAAGCAGGACCAGGUGCUGGACGUGUCCGGCGCGGUGCUGCUCUCGGCGGUGCUGCCGCGGUGCCGUGUGGAGCUGCUGGACGACUGCGGCCACACGGUGACGAUGGAGCGGCCCCACGAGACGGCGCGGCUCCUCCUCGCAUUUCUCGCUCACACCGAGUCUGGGGGAUAGUGGCCAAGGGAUAGGGAUGAGCAGAUAGGGGAUAGAGACUAGCGGAUAGGAGAUAGGAGAUAGAGGCUAGCGGAUAGGGGAUAGAGGCUAGCGGAUAGGGGAUAGAGACUAGCGGAUAGGGGAUAAGAGACUAGCAGAUAGGGGAUAAGAGACUGGUGGAUAGGGGAGAGUGGAUAGUGGCUCGUGGCUAGGGGCUCGUGGCUAGGGGCUAGUGUCUAGGGGUUUUGGGUAGGGAGCCAAAGGCCCCCUAGAGGCGAGCACUAUACAGGAUGUGAUGUACCGUGUGAUACUAACAGGGAUGGCGCGGGCUUGAGCCGUGGGGUGCAAUAACGACUCUCAGUGCUUGGUCUAUCCACUGCUGGAUGAGGGCCUCCCCCUAGAGUCCAACGGAGGGGGGGGGGGUAUGGGUGGUGACGCCCAACAGGCGAGGUGCAAUAUUAACGGUGGGCAACGCAAAGGUGCCGAUUAGCCGAACCACUGCCGACGGGUGCUACGUCCGAGCGCGUUUCUAUCGGUCACGCGAUAACGUAAUACAGAGUAAAUAUAUAUGUACACAUUUGUAGUCGUUGUCACCAGCAGGCAUGGUCUAUCCGUGUGUGUGUGUUUUGAACCUCAUUCACACUGUACGUUAAAAAAGGGGGGAAGGACUGCUCGGCACUCUUCUCGUUUGCGGUUGUGCAAGGGCCCCAUGUGUGGUGCCGUUCUCGCGUGGUGACGAUUACGUGUGGUGACGGUCAUUAAUUGUGAUGGUCAUGCGUGUGUGUCCGGUCACGCAUUGUGAUGGUCAUGCGUGCGUGUCCGGUCAUGCGUGUGUGUCCGGUCAUGCAUUGUGAUGGUCAUGCGUGUGUGUCCGGUCAUGCAUUGUGAUGGUCAUGCGUGUGUGUCCGGUCAUGCGUGUGUGUCCGGUCAUGCGUGUGUGUCCGAUCACGCAUUGUGAUGGUCAUGCGUGUGUGUCCAGUCACGCAUUUUGAUGGUCAUGCGUGUGUGUCCAGUCACGCAAUUUGAUGGUCAUGCGUGUGUGUCCGGCAUUGCGUGUGUCCGGUCACGCAUUGUGAUGGUCAUGUGUGUGUGUCCAGUCACGCGUGUGUGUCCGGUCAUGCGUGUGUGUCCGAUCACGCAUUGUGAUGGUCAUGCGUGUGUGUCCAGUCACGCGUGUGUGUCCGGUCACGCGUGUGUGUCCGGUCACGCAUUGUGAUGGUCAUGCGUGUGUGUCCAGUCACGUAUGUGUGUCCGGUCAUGCGUGUGUCUCCGGUCAUGCGUGUGUGUCCGGUCACACAUUGUGAUGGUCAUGCAUGUGUGUCCAGUCACACGUGUGUGUCCGGUCACGCAUUGUGAUGGUCAUGCGUGUGUGUCCGGUCAUUCGUGUGUGUCCGGUCACGCAUUGUGAUGGUCAUGCAUGUGUGUCCAGUCACACGUGUGUGUCCAGUCACGCGUGUGUGUCCGGUCACGCCAAAGGCCUCCUAGAGGCGAGCGCUAUACAGGAUGUGGUGUACCGUGUGAUACUAACAGGGAUGGCGCGGGCUUGAGCCGUGGGGUGCAAUAACGACUCUCAGUGCUUGGUCUAUCCACUGCUGGAUGAGGGCCUCCCCCAUGCCACGCGAGGGUGGGGGGGGGGGCACGCAUGGGAGCCUAGGAGCCUAGGAAUAGAGUCCAACGGGGGGGGGGUGGGUAUGGGUGGUGACGCCCAACAGGCGAGGUGCAAUAUUAACGGUGGGCAACGCAAAGGUGCCGAUUAGCCGAACCACUGCCGACGGGUGCUACGUCCGAGCGCGUUUCCAUCGGUCACGCGAUAACAUAAUACAGAAUAAAUAUAUAUGUACACAUUUGUA